AGAUCACAUGAAAGGAUUAAGAGCCCCUACCAUGAAAAGAAGGUUGGAGUGCAGCUUGAAGGUUUAUUUAUACUGCUCACCUGUUACUAAGGAGUUGUUGUUAACUAGCCCAAAAUACAGAUUUUGGGAGAAACGAAUUAUAGCAAUUGAAAUCGAAACGCCUACUCAGAUAUCUUUAGUUGACGAAGCAUCAGGCGAGAAGGAAGAGAUUGUUGUGACUCUCUUACCAGCUGGUCACUGUCCAGGAUCAGUUAUGUUUUUAUUUCAGGGCAAUAAUGGAACUGUCUUGUACACAGGAGACUUCAGAUUGGCAAAAGGAGAAGCUUCCAGAAUGGAGCUUUUACACUCUGGGGGCAGAGUAAAAGACAUCCAAAGUGUAUAUUUAGAUACUACUUUCUGUGAUCCAAGAUUUCAUCAAAUUCCAAGUCGGGGGGAGUGUUUAAGUGGCAUUGUCGAGCUGGUUCGAAGCUGGAUCACUCGGAGUCCGUACCACAUUGUGUGGCUGAACUGCAAGGCAGCUUAUGGCUAUGAAUAUUUGUUCACCAACCUUAGUGAAGAAUUUGGGGUCCAGGUUCACGUGAAUAAGCUAGACAUGUUCAGACACAUGCCUGACAUCCUUCCUCACCUCACAACAGACCGCAGCUCUCAGAUCCAUGCGUGCCGGCAUCCAAAGGCAGAGGAAUAUUUUCAGUGGAGCAAAUUACCCUGUGGAAAUACUUCCAAAAAUAGAGUUCCACUGCACACAAUCAGCAUUAAGCCAUCCACCAUGUGGUUUGGAGAAAGAACCAGAAAAACAAAUGUAAUUGUGAGGACUGGAGAGAGUUCCUACCGAGCUUGUUUUUCUUUCCACUCCUCCUACAGUGAGAUUAAAGAUUUCUUGAGCUACAUCUGUCCUGUGAAUGUGUAUCCAAAUGUUAUUCCAUUAGGCACAACUAUGGAUAAAGUUAUAGAAAUCUUAAAGCCUUUAUGCCGAUCUUCCCAAAGUAUUGAGCCAAAGUAUAAACCACUGGGGAAAUUGAAGAGAGCUAGAACAAUUCACCGAGAUUCAGAAGAAGAUGAUGAUCUUUUUGAUGACCCUCUGCCAGUACCUUUAAGGCACAAGAUUCCAUACCAGCCAUCUUUUCACCCUGAGGUAUUUUCAGUGACUGCAGCAUCCGAAAACCAGUCUGAAAAACUGAGACAAAACACAGGAUUCUGCAAAGCAGAGAAUACACAAAGCUCUCUUUUGGCAAACUUUGUAGAUUGUGAAGAAUCCAACAGUGAAAGUGAAGAAUUAGACAUCCCAACGUCAUUGCAAGGAGAUCUGUACUCUGUAACACUUGAUCAGCAAAAAGCUGCUGGGGAUGUACCACAGUGGGAAGUAUUCUUUAAAAGAAAUGAUGAAAUCACAGAUGAGAGUUUAGAAAACUUCCCUUCCUCUACAGAGGCAGGGGGAUCCCAAUCACCAAAGCUUUUCAGUGACUCUGAUGGAGACUCAACCCACAUCUCCUCCCAGAAUUCUUCUCAGUCAACACACAUAACAGAACAAGGAAGUCAAGGUUGGGACAGCCAAUCUGAUACUGUUUUGUUAUCUUCCCAAGAGAGAAACAGUGGGGAUAUUACCUCGGUGGACAAAGGUGGCAGUAGAUCAAGAAUCAAAGAGAAUAUUCCUGCCUCUCAUAUGGAAGAAAAUGUACUUUGCCCAAAGGAUACUUACUCUGACUUAAAAAGUAGAAAUCCAGAUGUAACUACAGUUCCUAAUGUUGGAGAGCCAACUAUUAUAAGUGGUAGGAAACACAUACCUGAGGAAAAUAGUUUGCUAACUCUUAGCACAAAUGCAAAUUCACAGAGCUCCUCUGAUUUUGAAAUUCCCUCAACUCCAGAAGCUGAGCUACCUAAAAGAGAGCAUUUACAACAUUUAUAUGAGAAGCUGGCAACAGGUGAGAGUAUAGUAGGAAAAAAGAAAUGCUCACUCUUAGAUAUUUAUGAAUUAAGAACACUUAAUCCUAGAAUAACCACCAGAACAUCUAUACAAAGAGGUAAUAAUCAAUGUCACAAUAGAUAAUUUACAGUGGAAUACUUCAAAAUGUUUAGAUAGCCUAAUAGGUGGUAAAGAGGAAACAGAGGCACAAAAAACCAAGGAAAAAACAGAAAGCAUAUAAGAUAGUAGACGUAAACCCAAACACGUUGAUAAUUAACAUGAACUGUAAAUGGUCUAACCACAUCAAUGAAAAGACAGACUCAGGAAAAAAAAAUAGCCCAACUAUAUGUUAUCUACAGGAAUCGCAAUUCAAAUGGUAUAGGUAGGUUAAAAGAAUGGUAAAAAGACCGUAAACAAACAAAAGAAAGCUAAAGUGGCCAUCAAUAUCAGACAAUUUCCUAAUGAUGA